AUGCAACAGCAACAGCAACAACAACAUAAUGCUUGUGACUUCUUUAUUAUACUUGGUCUGACGACAACUACACAAUCAUCUUUGUCAACAUCGUCGUCAACAUCACCGACAAUAACAAAGUCAACAGAGUCAACAACAACAACAACAACAAUCACAUCACCACCAGCAGCAGCAUCAACAGCAAAAUCACCGCCAACAUCAACAACAACAGACACAAUUACAACUCCAAUAGAUUGUUUAGAUUGGAUAGUAUUGGAUGUAGCUCAACAGUUUGCAAUUGAUCAACAGACACUCAAAGUGUCACUAGACUGCACAUUGAAUGGCGUAGGCAUCGACAGCACAACCCAAGAGGCCAGUCAAGAUCCUCUAUCACAUACUCUAGCAGUUUUCCACAACUAUAUAUCAAAGACAUUCUUGAUCAAUGAAAAGAGUGUAAGGAUCUCAUUCAUUCGCUCGCACUAUCUCAAUGUGUUGCUUCAACAGUGCCAACAAAGAAGUAUCCAGCUGCAACCUUACUUUAUGAACAUCAUCGACCUGCAAGCAGAGUUGUCCAACUUGACCGACAGCCAGCAAUGCACAUUAGAGUCUGCAGCCAAAUCGCUCGACAUUCAGCAGACACACACUGGUGAGCACAAGGAAUUACAGUUGGCAACACAGAUCAUUACAAAGUUGUUGAAGCAAGGUUUCAACUUUGGUUCAAAUGGAGGUGAUGCUGUCAAUGUUGGAGUCAGUGGCAACAACAUCAACAACGGUGACACAUAUGAUGGAUCAAACAACAUUCCUCAGUAUGACCCCGAUGACUCGGCACAACCCUAUGAUCCAACCGAUUACAACCAAGAGGGUGGAGACACUGAUAAUGGUACCGAUGCCUCAUUUAACAACAACAUUGGCAACAAUAAUGGCAACUACAACAUCAACAGCAACAACAACAAUGUCAACAACAAUGUUAAUCAUGGUGAAACAUUCGUUCUUAUUAGAGGCCUGCCUUGGAACUCACAUGAAGAUGAAGUCCGAGAGUUCUUUGCUCCACUUCGCAUUCGCAAGGAUGGUGGUGUCACAAUCUUGUUAAACUCAAGUGGCAAACAAAAUGGAGAAGCAUACAUUGAGUUUGAGACUGAGGACGAUAUGAGACAGUCGGUUCAGAAACAUAGAAAGAUGAUGGGACAUCGUUAUAUUGAGGUGAUACCAAAGACUAGACAGGUGGUCCAGCAGGCAUUGCUCAGAGGCGCCGAUCGCAUCCAAGGCGAUCAGAAUCAGCCAAACCAACAGCAGAACCAACGACAACAUCAACUCUCAAGCAAGGUGCUCAAGCUUCGCGGGCUCCCCUUCAAUGCCACUCAAGACGACAUUCGCACAUUCCUCCAGGGUUACCCCAUCAAGUACAACAACAUCCUGAUAGACAUUGGUAGUGAUGGUCGUGUUACUGGCGAAGCCUUUGUCGAGUUCAUGUCGUAUGAGGCGGCCAACGGUGCCUUCAAGAACCUCCAGAGGAAGCCAAUUGGUAGCAGAUACAUUGAGAUCUUCCCUCACGAAAAGCAUGUCUACUUCAACCAAAACAGACAGCAACAAGGCAACAGCAAUAGCAGCAGUAGCAACAGCAACAAUAGACAGCAGCAACAACAGCAACAACAACAACAGCAACAGCAACAGCCACAGUCACAAGGCCAAUACCAAGGUCAACAGAAUCAACAGUUCCAACCACAACAAUCACAACAAGGGAUGUAUCAACAGAACCAGUUCCAACCUCAACAACAGCACUUCCAGCAGGACAACAAUAACUUCAAUCCAAUGAUGGGAAUGCCAAUGAUGAAUGACUUCCAGCAACAGCAAAUGGGAUCAAUGAUGGGCGGUAUGGGUGCUGGGCCAGGCAUGGGCGGCGGUGGAAUGGGCGGUGGAGUUAUGGGCAACGUAGGAGGCAUGAACUUUGGCGUCGGCGUCGGUGUCGGCGGUGGAAUGAAUGAUAUGGGACAGAUGGGCGUUGGCGGUAUGUCCCCAGGGAUGGGCAGUCCAGCGACCUUUGAUCAGAUGCUAAACAACAAUGGGUUUAUCGAUUCAAUCUUGUCGCCUGGCCUUAUCCAACAGCAGCAACAGCAACCUCCAAUGGGAAUGCCUCCCCAAUUCAUGCCACAACAGCAGAUGAACAACAUGCCAAUGUUUAAUCAAUCAAUGUCACAGAUGUGGCUACCCCAGCAGCAACAGCAGCACAUGAUGCCUCAACAGCAACAUAUGCAAUCACAACAGCAGUAUGGCAACAACAACAUGAUGAACAACAACAACAACAACAACAGCAACAGAGGCGGCGGUAGUUCAAUGACUUCGCCCAACAGACCACAUCCCUACAACAACCCGCCCAACAGAUACGGCAACAACCAAAACGACAAUAGGCCACACGAUCGAUACAGUCAAGGUGGAUCUGGCGGCGGUGGAGCGAUGCGUGGCGACAAUAGGGGCAGCAGGGAUAAAGACAACUUUGGCGGCGGCGGCAGCGGUGGGGGCGGAGGCGGCAAAAGGAGCUUUGGCAGUAGCUUCCCCAGCGACAGGUCCACCACGGUGAAGCUACGCGGCCUUCCAUUCUCGGCGACCGAGGAUGAGAUUGCUGAGUUCUUUGGGGGACUGGAUGUGACCAACGUCAAGAUUGUGUACCAUAAGGGAAGGCCGUCCGGCAUGGGUUAUGUCUCCUUUGGCUCACCCAACGACUUCCAGCGCGCACUUCAGCGAAACAAGGACACGAUGGGCUCAAGGUAUAUCGAAGUGUUCGCAGCAGGUGCCAAUGAGCAGAUAUACGAUUAA